UGUAAGCUGCAGGUACUCGCUCAGCUGGAUAAGCCUUUAAUCAUGGAAAGAAGGCUUGUAAAAAAGGAAAUGAAAAAGCUACUGGGAGAUUAUAUUGGCAUCAGACUUCGGGAAAAUGAAUUUGACCCAAAAGGAAGAAGGCAACCCACCUUUCUAGAUGAUAUGGCACACUAUGACUUGGCCAUCAGUGUUGCUUUGCAAUGGCUGGAUCACUCAGAAGACUUAACUUGGCUGAAGUGGGAAGAAGUGAAAAUGCCACUUCAUGGACGACCCAGAUACCCAAACCACAGAGAACGAGAAGCCAUGAUUCUAUCAUCUUAUGCUGGAAUCUUAAUGAACAGUAUCCCAAUUGAGGAAGUCUUUAAAAUUUACGGGGCUGAUUCUUCUGCCAAUUCUGGUAUUACCAAGGUUUCCCGGGCUCCACUCUUCCGCCUCUCCUUGCACCCUUUUGCCAUGUUAACGGCACCCAAAGCAGCAGAAUAUGCCCGCAAGCAGAGUGUCAAGUUAAGAAGGGGAGCAAUGAAUAAAAACACCACCAGCAGCUCUACCAAGGAAGCAAAGGACAGGGAGUGAAAGUCAUCAAAGUGUUUUGCAUACACAUCACCGAAGGACACAAUCGCUUAGAAACUUGGACUUGUACCAUGGAACUUCAUAAUACAGCCUCUGGAAGCAAACAAGAAACAUCAUCUUAAAAUUGCAUCUCUUGCUGGCACAUUUUAAUUUACAGUUGGCUUUUGAUUCCGACUGCACUGAAUUUUUUUUCAAGCUUCUCUUAGAAGCAUAUUGCACAGCUACAUUUUGGUAAAAGACAAAAUGUGUGUAUCUUAUACUACUUCAUUUUGACUAAAAGACUUGGAGAAUUCAGAAAGUACCUAAUAUUUCUAUGUCAGGCUGGCUUUGCAGCACAUUUUACAAACGUGUGGCAUUGAAUAUUGCAAGGUGGUACAGUAGGAGGCAGUUUUCCAAAGUUUUAAUGCAAAAUAAAAUUAAUCUGUCAUUGAUUGACUUUACUAUGUCCUAAGAUAAAAAAUAUUUAAAAUUGCAACAAUAUAGUUUUUUGUUUGUCUGUUUGUUUUGGUAUUGGGGAUUGAACCCAGGGCCACUUUACCUCUGAGCUAUAUCCCCAACCUUUUCAAUAUUUUAAAUUU